AGAAAUGUCCCAAAGCGAUCGAAAAAUAAACUGUAAUCUGGAAAACUGAAGUAGGAGUAGGCCUAUGUCUUACGUAAAUAAUUAAAUCCAUGUAGUUAACUGGCUCAGUGGAACCUUUAUUUUGGUAGAUUCAGAAAUGCGUGUAAAAUGUAUUUAACCAGGCAUAUUACUAAAAUUAUUUUACACUAGGAUAAAAAGAUUUAUAUAGCUAACAGCGCGGCAUCUGUCUCCCGUAAAUAACGUUACCAGAAAGGAACUAAGCCACAUUUCCGCGUCACAGCAACACAAGAGCGUCUGUAGCAACGGUGAAUAAGCCUGUUGCUGGGUUUGCACAUUUUCCUUCACCGCUGGACCAGAACAAUCGUUCUUAACAUACCCCGCUGGUAACAUUAACAUCUACCUUAGUCUUGGUGCUUUUUAACCUAUUUUUUUCAGCAACAGUUUCCGCUUAAUUGCAGACAAUUGUAUGUAUCUCAUUCGCGUGCUCGACUGGCCAUUGUAGGAUUUUCCAGCAGUAUUUCUGCAAUUAUACUUUGGAAAGUGGUAAUACUUGUGACUAGUGUAUUUGGUGAAGGUGAUGUCCAGCAGAAACCAGCAGGUGGGGAUUAAGCGGCUGCUGCAGUUUUUCCGCCAAUGGGACCGCGGCAGCGCGGCGGCGCGGAGCCGCAUGCUGGAAGCGUUCGUUGGCCGCAGCCUGGGGGACACCGGCCCGGAGCUGGAGCUGCGCUUCGCCCAAUCGGCCAGUCUCUUUUUGGCCAGGAUCACGGCGUGGAUCAGGCUGCACUAUAUGUUUGGGACAUACUUGGGGCUGCAGCUUCGAGCUGUGGGUGUCUUUCUUUCGGCCUCAAACAGUCACCGUUACCUAACUGAGUUUCUUGAAGUGGGAGGGGUUCUCACUCUGUUGGAAAUCUUAAAUCAGAAACAGAUAAAAGAUGAGGAUAAGACAGAAGCCCUCCGUCUAUUGCAGAUCAUUUCCGACGCUGGUCGGAAGUACAAAGAGCUCAUUUGUGAAAGCUUCGGAGUCCGAGUCAUCGUAGAAUGCCUGGCCAAGUCCACAUCUGUGGACACCAAGGAGACAGCCAGUGUCCUGCUGGAGUCUCUGGCUCAUGGAAACUAUAAAUACCAGGAGCAGGUCUACAAAGGGCUAGUGGCCUUGCUGCAGUGCACUUCCCCCAAGGCCCAGCAACUUGCUCUGCAGAACCUCCGUAUUGUACAUAAAAUUGUGAAUUCUGCUCAUCCUAACAUUGUAGAGCCUUUGUUGAAUAUGCUGAAGUCAUUGAACCUUGAAGUUCAAUAUGAAGCUAUAGAAUUAAUCAGAGAUUUAAUGUCAUAUGAUGAAGUUAAACCAGCUCUUCUGAAGGGUCUAGUCGCUUUGUUGAAACCAGUGAAAAAAGAACCACAGCAAUAUCAAAUCCUUAAAGAUCCUGAAAGAAUCAACAUGACGACAUCGUUGCCUGUUUCUAUUCAACAAGCAGCUGCAGCAAAAGCUAUAAGGAUGCUGUCACAGGGCAGCAGUCAGCUGUCACACGAUCUGCUUCACCAUGAUGUAAUGCAUUAUCUGCUAUAUGCCAUGGGUAACAGGGAGCAUGCGGAUUCCCAGAAGCAGGCCUGCCUGGCUCUGAAGCAAUUUGUGCACACCCACCCAGUCCUGGUGGAGCAUGUACAAGCAGCAAUGGGGAUCACGUUGUUUGACUUGUUCAUGAAUAAUCCCGAGGCUUUGUACAUGAAGAUGAACGGCAUUCAAGCAGAUAUACUGGUGUCAAACAAAAUGAACAUUUCUGAAGGUCUUGAAGAGUGUGCACGCUGACAGAACUCCUUUAUGUGUUUGCGUGCAUUGAAGUCUUGUCAGUAGACACACAACUGACACUUUGAAGGUUUGUUUUUUUAAUCCUGGCAUUACUUAUAUAAAGUAUACAUGAGAUGUGUCAGUCAAUCCGCAUAGUUAACUGCUUAUUCCAGCCCACCCAACACAAACAAAAGACACAAACACACAAAGAGCGCAGAAGUGGUUCAGACGCCACCCCCCAGGAGACAUGAGGCAACACUGUUACGCAUUAAGCCACUGUACUGUACUGCAUCUCUCAGAAGGAUGCUGUUCGUAGGUAUUUUAAGGUGAUUUACAGACAUCUUGUAUUUAAAUAUAUACAGUGUAGCAGAUGGCCGGGACAAUGUGGUUUACCAUAAUGCCAAAAAACAGAACAAGUUAAAUUAGUAGAAGGAUCAGUAGUUUUAUUAUUUUUUUCUUCUCUUAUCAUAAUAGAAUAAUGUGACCCAAAAAGUCACCUUAAUUCCCCCAGGAUGAUCGACAGCAAGCUGGUAAAAAGCAGCAUGACCUAAAAACUGGAAAAAACUCCUCUUGGACCUUUAUGACCAGGCCCAAAUACAACCAGUCAUUCUUCAUUCCAUGCCAGUGGUUCUUUGCAUCAUCUCUACCAGAGGAAACUUUACAUUCUCCCUGGUGAAACUCAAGUGAAGGAUUACAAAUGCAGUGCAUUUCCCUGCAUUUCCUUUUAAUUGGAAUUUAAUACUCAUUAUAGUUUAUCGUGUGACUUUUAUAGAACAUUUUAUUUGGACCCCAGAAAGAAGUCAUCUUAACCACUGAUGUUAUUAAAAUGACAACAAUGCUGCUGUACUUAUAGUGACCUAAAGUAUAAAAGAUGUCCAGGCACUGGGGAAAAUGAAACUAUUCUCCAUAACAUAAUAUCAUGUUCAUUAAACAUUCAAGAGAGGACAACAUUAAAUCAGAAAAUAAAGCAUAUCCAAACACCCUUAAAAUAUUAGCAAUUUAUUUACAGUCAAAACAUUGUUUGGUAUUGUAAAUUAACACCAUUUAACAAGUUUUAAUUAAGGUUUGUUCAGAUUAAAUAUUCAGACAAUUAAAACAAGGUAGCUUAAAUGUCCAGAAUAGGUACAUCUGAAUUUUACAUUAAAAGCUGACAAGCCUGGGAUUUUGAGCCACUUUCCACUCUAUUCAUCAGGCAAUCGAAGAUUACAAUUGUAGUACAUUAUCUAAACAACAGACUAAAAUCAGUUUAGAAAACUGUUUUUUAAAAAAUAUCAACUGGUAUCAAAGUAUGAUACCCUUUCAGACAGUGAAGCUGAUGUAUUUUAGCUCCAUUAUUAACCGUGUAAAUUAAGUCAAAUUACGUAUAAAACAAUCAUCAAACAUGUUUUUGGACAGGUGUGUGAAAUUCAGUCAGCUACUGAAAUUUAUUAUCUGCUUUCCCCCCCACAAAUACUUUAAUAAACUCUACCAGUCUGACAACUCAUUUAAAUAACUUAUUCUAAUGGUAAGAAAAAUACCAAUAUACUAUAAUGGUAUGGAAAUGAACAACUGUGAACAAUUCUUGUUCACAUAUUUGUAUCGAAUGUCUUCUUAAGACAUUGACAUAAAUACAUGCACAUCACUGGAAAAAACCUUUUCCUUUACGUAUGAACAGAUGUUGGUGUAAUUGGGUGGGGUCUCAUGCAUGCAUAUAUAAUUUUGAGGUAACAGAAAGACUUCUGAACAAAAAGGUAAACAGUAAUUUUUGGAAGCACUCAUCUCACAUGAUGCCGUUUUGACCUUUGACCCUAUACUUAUGACCAGGACCACAUAUGUGUUACGGUCCAUACGCCGGCGGCGAAUCGGGAUGAGGGCAGGAAGUCCGAAGAAUUUGUAGCCCUUCCCUCAAAACUUACGGCACGUAACAUAUGUUUAUGGUUGUAAUUUUGCAAAGAAAAAGAAUGAAGUUUCAGGUCUUAGAAAUCCAUGCAAUUUGAUCGGUAACAUCCUUGUAAAGCAGUGUGCGUCUUCCUUUAAAGUCCAUGACCCACGUCCUGCACAAUUCACUAAACAUGGCUUUUAGGUUAUUUUAGGUGUUAAAAGGUUCAAACAUGUCAGGAUCGAUCUUAUUCAAGUUUCUAAAGUGCUUUUUAGAGUGAUGUUAUGCGAGGCGUAUGCAGCAAACAUGUUGGACGGAUAUCCUCAGGUGAAGUUUGUAAAUCGUCCCUGUCGUAUCUCCUCCUUCUGCAUAUGCUGGUAACAUGACUGCAAAAGAGAACAAAGUCACACAUGGAUUAUGUCUCUAUGUAUCUUACUCUGUAUUGCUUACAGUUUACAUUGUGUGCAAUCAAAGAAAUAUAUUAUCAUGAUUACAUCAAUGCUUAUAACUAUGGAGUUUGAUUGGCGCAGUCAGCAAAUUAAUGUAUCUUAAGGAAUGAGAAUUAAUACUGUCAUUUGUGUAUGGAAGCUUUUAAAUUUCAUUAAAAAUUCAAAAGUACUGCCAAGAAAAGUUAUACCUGUUAAAAAUGUUAAUUCUAGUAAGUCACCAGUGAAUGCAUGCACAUUGAAUUUGAAAAAAUAUUAAAUGCCUGUGUCCAUUGGAUAAGGGAAAGGCCUGAAAUUAACUAAAGCUGUAUUUCAAAGUGUUUGUUUUCUGACCAUUGAUUUCCACUUAUAAACUAGAAUAUGACAGAAUUAGGACUGUGCAUUAACUUUAUUGUCUGUUAACACAAUUAAUUUAAACGGCUUGGCAUUCAUUAACAGGCUGUAUAACAUCGAUGAAAUGGUACGAAGGACAGAGGAAAUCAAACUUUUUAAAUGAACCUUGUUUGCUUUAUUUAGUUUACACUAAAAUAUAUAAGGAUAACUGAAUGAACCACGUGCUUCAGUGUAUUUAAUGUGGAAGAUGUAUAUCAAAUAAACAAUAGAGUUGA